GAGUACGUCACUUCUCGCGAGAACAGCGCGUUAUCGACGCCACAGAUAACAUAGCUAGCGUGUAGCUAAGCUAUCCAGACUUUUCUGCGGUCUUACGUUUCUGUCGGGCCGAAAAUGGAGUGCUCCGGAGCCGCAGAAGAGGCGGAGAGGCCGCGGCAUCACCCUUUCUUAAUCGGGGUCAGCGGAGGAACCGCUAGCGGCAAGUCAACAGUUUGCGCCAAGAUCAUGGAGCUCCUGGGCCAGAACAAGGUGGACCACCGCCAGAGGAAGGUGGCCAUCAUAAGUCAGGACUGUUUCUAUAAAGUCCUGACCCUCGAGCAGAAGGCGAAGGCGCUGAAGGGCCAGUACAACUUCGAUCAUCCAGAGGCAUUUGACAAUGAUUUAAUGUACCAAACGUUAAAGGACAUUGCGGAGGGAAAGGUGGUGGAAGUGCCAACGUAUGACUUUGUUACGCAUUCAAGGUUGGAAGACAGGAUCACAGUUUACCCAGCGGACGUCGUCCUCUUUGAGGGGAUCCUGGUGUUCUACCCCCAGAAAGUGCGUGAUAUGUUUCACAUGAAGCUCUUCGUGGACACAGAUUCAGACGUCAGACUCUCUCGCAGAGUUCUGCGAGACAUGACCCGGGGACGAGACCUGGAGCAGAUUCUCCAACAGUACACAACGUUCGUGAAGCCUGCUUUCGAGGAAUUUUGUUUGCCUACUAAGAAGUACGCAGACGUCAUCAUUCCAAGGGGAGUUGACAACAUGGUGGCCAUCAACCUCAUCGUGCAGCACAUCCAGGACAUUCUGAAUGGAGAACUCUGCAAAUGGCAGCGUGGGACCAUGAACGGCAACGGGCGCGGCUUCAAGCGAGCACUUACCGAGCAAGGGGACCUGCAGAACGGAGCCGCUAAUCCAGGAAAGAGGGUCCAGCUGGAACCCAGCAGUCGGCCUCAUUGAGACUUUGUAGGACGAACGUGUGGAUGAUGAAUGUCACCAGACUCGGGGAUUGCGGCUCCUGAUUUGUGCAGAGUGGGCCACAAACUGUGAUGCCAGUCUCUGCAGACUAAAAAAAUAUAUAUCCAUAGUAAAAGUAUCACAAGCGGUCAGAGCUGCAACUCUUCGUAAUUGUAUUUUUAUUGUUGGUGCACAACAGAAAUGCUAUGUCUGUCUAUAUAUAGUCUUCCAUGAUGUCGAUUAGAUUUUUUUUAGGUUUCAACUGUGGUCAGAACGGUUACUGAAAUGAAAGAUAAUUUACUCAAGACGCGUUGUAAAUUUUUUUUUGAGUUGUGCUUUUGCACUGAGUUUUACCUUUAUAAUCCUUUGUGUUUUUGUUGCUUAAUGAAGAUUAAUAUAUUUAAAUUAUAUUAAAUGGUUUAUAGUCAUUUGUUGCUCUCCCUGUUUCUGUUUUAAUAACUUAUUAAAACUAAGUUGUUUCUGUAGUUUUACUCCUAACUUUAGUCCAAGUGCUUCCUUUUUGACUUAUUUAAUGCAGAACUCUUGCCUUAAUUUUUUUUUUUAAAGUUCAAUCUCCAUGGAUUAUUGUGUUCAACAAUAAAUAUAAAAUUCUGUCAUGA